GAAUGUGGAAAAAGAGGAGGAUAGACCAGGGUCUCCAGGAUCCAGCUGUCCAUCUAUGAGGAGUGACGAAUCCAAAGACAGACCUCAACAAUUCAGUAAUAGACCUGGACCAACAGUAGAGAGAAAGAGGAGCGGUGUCUGUGUGGAGGAGCAGCCGUCCUGCUGUGCUUCGUGUCAGGACGUCCUGAAGGAUCCGGUCUCUACCAGCUGUGGACACUGGUUCUGCAGACAGUGCAUCUCCUCACACUGGGACCAGUCUGCUUCAUCAGGAGACUCCUCCUGUCCCCAGUGUGGAAAAAGAUCCAGAAUCAGAGCUGGACUGCAGACAGACGUUUUAGAGGAACAUAAGAUCAGUCUGAGGAUGAGAUGUGAACAUGUGACUGAAGGAAGUGAUCAAACAGGAAGUGGAACCCUCUUCAAGAUUUACACUGAGUUCUACAUCACAGAGAGACAGAGUGAACAGGUUCAUUCACAACAUGAGGUGAGGCAGCUGGAGACAGCUUCCAAGAUAGACGCCCUCCAUGACAGUCCAAUCAGGUGCCACGACAUCUUUAAAGCCUUCCCUGACCAACAGAGACCCAUCAGAGUGGUUCUGACCAACGGCGUCGCUGGCGUUGGAAAAACCUUCUCAGUGCAGAAGUUCAGUCUGGACUGGGCAGAGGGCUUGGAGAACCAACAUGUCAGUGUGGUGAUGCUGCUUUCAUUCAGGGAGCUGAACCUGAUCAGAGAUCAGCAGUACAGUCUUCUGGAGCUGCUCCAUGUUUUCCAUCCAACAUUACAGAAGGUCCCAGCAGAGAAGCUCGCUGUCUGGAAGCUUCUGUUCAUCUUUGACGGCCUGGAUGAAAGCAGACUUUCAUUGGAUUUCACCAACAGGAAGCUUGUGUCUGAUGUCACACAGAAGUCAUCAGUCAGCGAGCUGCUGACAAACCUCAUCGAGGGGAAGCUGCUUCCCUCGGCUCUCGUCUGGAUAACUUCCCGACCUGCAGCAGCCAAUCAGAUCCCUCCUAGAUGUGUUGACAGGCUGACAGAAGUUCGAGGCUUCACUGACGCCCAGAAGGAGGAGUACUUCAGGAGGAGAUUCAGUGAUGAAGAGCUGUCCAGCAGAAUCAUCUCCCACAUGAAGAUAUCCAGGAGCCUCCACAUCAUGUGCAGAAUCCCAGUCUUCUGCUGGAUCACUGCUACAGUUCUGGAGCACAUGUUGACCUCAGAGAGGAGAGGAGAGCUGCCCAAGACCCUGACUGACAUGUACUCACACUUCCUGCUGGUUCAGACAAAGAGGAAGAAGAACAAGUACCAUGAGGGACAUGAGACGAGUCCACAGGAGCUGACGGAGGCUGACAGGGAAGUUCUUCUGAAGCUGGGGAAGCUGGCGUUUGAACAUCUGGAGAAAGGAAACAUCAUGUUCUACCAAGAAGACCUGGAGCAGUGUGGUCUGGAUGUGACAGAGGCCUUGGUGUACUCAGGAGUUUGUACAGAGAUCUUCAAAAGAGAGAGUGUGAUCUUCCAGAAACCAGUCUACAGCUUUGUUCAUCUGAGCAUUCAGGAGUUUCUGGCUGCAGUCUACAUGUUCCACUGUUACACCAGCAGGAAGACAAAGGUGAUAGAGGACUUCUUGGGGAAAGAACACAAAGAGACUCCUCUGCAUGUUUUUUUGAAGGAAACAGUGAUAAAAUCAUUCAAGAACGAAAAUGGCUGUCUCGACUUGUUUGUUCGCUUCCUUCAUGGUCUCUCUUUGGAGUCCAAUCCGACGCUCUUAGGAGGCUUCAUCGGCCAGACAGAGAUCAGUCCAGAAAUCAUCCAGAGAGCCAAAGAGAAUCUGAAGAGCAGGAAGAUGAAAGCAUCUCCCGACAGAUGCAUUAGCCUCUUCCACUGUCUGAUGGAGAUGAAAGAUCACUCAGUACAUCAGGAGAUCCAAGAGUUCCUGAAAUCAGAGAACAGAUCAGAGAAGGAACUCUCUGAGAUCCACUGCUCAGCUCUGGCCUACAUGCUGCAGAUGUCAGAGGAGGUUCUGGAUGAGUUUGAUCUGAAGAAGUACAAAACAUCACAGAUGGGACGACUGAGACUGAUCCCAGCUGUGAUGAACUGCAGAAAGGCUCAACUGGGGGACUGUAGUUUGUCCGAGAUCAGCUGUGAUUAUCUGGCAGCAGCUCUGAAGUCCAACCCCUCCCAUCUGAGAGAGCUGGACCUGAGCUCCAACAUCGAGCUGCAAGAUUCAGGAGUGAAGCAUCUGUGUGGUUUUCUGGAGAGCCCACGAUGUGUUCUUGAAACUCUGAGAUUGAAGAACUGUUGUUUGUCAGAGAUCAGCUGUGAUUAUCUGGCAGCAGCUCUGAAGUCCAACCCCUCCCAUCUGAGACAUCUGGACCUGAGAGAUAACAAGCUGCAGGAUUCAGGAGUGAAGCAUCUGUGUGGUUUUCUGGAGAGUCCACAAUGUGUUCUUGAAACUCUGAGAUUGAAGAACUGUGGUUUGUCAGAGAUCAGCUGUGAUUAUCUGGCAGCAGCUCUGAAGUCCAACCCCUCCCAUCUGAGAAAGCUGGACCUCAGACACAACAACCUGCAGGAUUCAGGAGUGGAGCAUCUGUGUGGUUUUCUGGAGAGUCCACAAUGUGUUCUUGAAACUCUGAGAUUCAGGGACUGUGGUUUGUCAGAGAUCAGCUGUGAUUAUCUGGCAGCAGCUCUGAAGUCCAACCCCUCCCAUCUGAGAGAGCUGGAUCUGGGUAACGACUCUUUGCUCUCAACUAACAACGACCUGCAGGAUUCAGGAGUGAAGCAGCUGUGUGAGUUUCUGGAGAAUUCACAAUGUGGACUUGAAAUUCUGAGAUUGGAGGAUUGUGGUUUGUCCGAGAUCAGCUGUGAUUAUCUGGCAGCAGCUCUGAAGUCCAACCCCUCCCAUCUGAAAGAGCUGCACCUGAGCUACAACAAUGACCUGCCGGAUUCAGGAGUGAAGCAUCUGUGUGGUUUUCUGGAGAGUCCACGAUGUGUUCUUGAAACUCUGAGAUUGGAGGAUUGUGGUUUGUCGGAGAUCAGCUGUGAUUAUCUGGCAGCAGCUCUGAAGUCCAACCCCUCCCAUCUGACAGAGCUGGACCUGAGACUAAACAACCUGGAGGAUGAAGCAGGUGUGGAGCAGCUGUCUGAUCUUAAGGAGAGUCCACACUGCAGACUGCAGAAAUUGCAGUAA